GGCCUACAAAAUGUCCGCGUCAAGGGGGCAAAAUAAAAUGUUUACAAUUGAAUUAUUAUUAUUCUUGUAAAUAGGAGCGGUGUUCUGGUGUGACAUUAAAUAAAUUUGAAUUAGCAUAACUCUGCGGUGAAUCGUAAAUAGACACACAAAUAUGGAAUUAUUACAUCUACCUAAGGAAUUACAGUUUCAUAUCAUCAGUAGACUGGAUGGAUUUUCUUUGUUGAAUGUUCAGAAAGUUUGUAAACUCUGGCUUGAAAUUGUGGAGAGUCUGGAAACAACUGUUCAGAUAUGGAAACAAUGUUGUUUAAAUGAUAUCCCUAGAAAUAUCUUGGUUCAGCUUACAGGUAUUACAGAAUUAAUGAAUAACAGAGAAAUAAAAGAAAGUACCAAUUUACACUGGACAUUCUGGAAAGAGAUAUAUUUGGAUUAUGAAAGGAUGUCAUUGAUAAGAGAUUAUCAACCCAAGACAACCCAGGUUAUGUUUACAACACAGUUAAGUGCUUGUACAUCAUUACGAUUAAAAGAUAAUAUUCUUGUAUCUGGCCAUACAGAUGGUAGUGUUGUAUUGUGGGAUACUGAUGAUCAGGGUCAAGGUUAUUUUAAAUUUUUAACCAAACAUAGAAGUCAUGUGACAGCAGUAGAUGUUCUCAAUACAGUAGAGAAUAUGCGAGAUAUAGAUGAUUGGGUAUUAGGAUAUAAAGUUAUAUCAGUAUCAAGAGAUGUAGGAAUUCAUGUUAAUAAUCCAUUAACUAAUGCAGUUCAACGAUUUGUUCAUUAUAGUGGAUCGGUUAAUGCUGUCAGUUGUUAUGGCGGAAGGUUUGUGGUGGCUGCUGAUUCAUCAAUAUUAAAUGGUCAACCAAUCUGGCAGGUUUCAGAAUCGAAUUCUGUUGACACUAGAGUUACCUCCACCUUAUAUGGUCAUGAAGAAUCAUGUAUUAGUGCUGUUGCUAUGUGGAAUGGUGAGGUACUAUCAGGAGAUGUUAUUGGAAAUCUGUUUAAAUGGAAAAUUCCGUUAGAUGGUUCUGAUUGUUCCAAACCCAUUCAUAUAGCUAAAUUUUCUGUUAGCUAUACAAAAGCUAUUUAUUAUGACGGUCAUGUUAUAUUUUGUUUGUUAGGUGAUGGAAGUAUAUGUUGGCGAGUUGGAUCUAGUAAAUUUCAAACUUUACCCAAUACACAGGAAUUAGAAGUUUUCUCAGCUACACCUGUUUGUAUGGCUUGUAGAGCAAGACUACUAGCAAUAGGACUUAAUUCAGGUAUUAAUGACUAG